AGUCGGUCUUUUAAAAUAGAAUUCUAACAAAUCAACCUAAAGCUUCUAUCAUUAUGACGUUGUUUGGCGUUAACGUUGAAUUCGCUCUUGCACUUUUUACAAGAAUGGAACUAUGUUUUUUUAGCAUUUAGGAAAUGGAAGAGCAAUGAGUUUGUGAGAAAUUUUUUAUAAAAUUGAUUAUGCUUAACUGAAACAUAGCGAUAUGCUUAUGGAUUGCUUUCACUGGUCCUAAUGUUAUGAACAGUGCUGAUAUUUCAAAUCUGGCUAAAAACGAGAAGUUGGACCUCUUUCAAAAUGCAAGGCCAAAUAUCACAUUUUGUAAAAGCAUACUUUGAUUACUGAAAACCAUUGUUAAAAAAUUAAUAAUUUUGCUAAAAAUCUAAGUAACAGCAGAAUGUAGUUUCACGCACUUUUGUCUGCUACAACAACUGCAAUCAAUAUUGCAUUGCAUCAAAUUUGUGCAUUUUCUGUUGAUUGAAGCAUGAAACACUAUUCAUAUCAACAAUUAAUUAAGUUAGUUAAUCAAGAACUGUUGGAUCAUUCAAGCGCAGAUUAGAAACUUAUCGCCCUUCAUAUUCACCUUGAAAAGUCGAUGAUUUAAAACAAUAGAAGGAAAUUCGUCGAAGAACUUAUAAACAGUUCUUAAUACUUACUCCCAGUACAGGAGGUUACAACAAUGGAAGACAUGUUGAAUAGUAAACAGAUCAGUCUCACUUUUCUCACUUUCUACAAGACGAUCAACGAGAGCUAAUCCUUUUUUUUCUCGCAAACUUCCUUCUUUCACCACCAGAGGGCGUGGAUCCAUGCCUACUUUGAGAAGAUGCUCUUCAACUUCUUACCAUCUUUUCAUCCAGUUCUGUUUCAGAAGGUUCUCUGUUCUUAGUGAGAAUAAGUUCAUACGCUCUUCGGGAUUUACUAGCUGCGGGAUUACCUGUAAUUUUCGCAAGGACCAUACAAGCGACCGAGAGCAUCUGACGAGCAGAGGAUGCUAGACCAUCCCGCAACAAUGCAUCCCAUGUUCAAACCGCGAGUCUGGUCUUUUCAGUGAUAGUUGAUGAGAGGUUAUUCAGGUUCGCCACAAAGACAAUAAACUUGCCCACCUAAGAUCCAGCUGUGAUAUGGAGUCACACACUGCUUGUUAAAGAGAUCACCUUGAUUCUGGCGAUAAUCCAACAGAGGGGUGCACGACUUUACCGCAGGAAACAGAUACCCCACGGGCGUUGAUAUAAGAAAUUAUGCUGCCAGAAAUAGAUAAAUACAAAGGCAAAUCCCCUGACAAGGGAUCCAUUAAAAAGAUGAAUCUUUUGGCUAAGGAUUAUGCUGUGCUCCUGAAGCGCUAUAGUAAAGUGGUUACAGAAGGCAAGGAUCUGGAUAGUGUUAUUAAAGUUCCAGAACUUGGUCUCACAGAGGCUCCAAAGUGUUCACAAUUGCUCUCCUCCUUGAAGGACGAUCUCAGAUGCGCCACCACCAUCUUCAUGGAAGAUUUUAUUGGUUCUGGUGGCGUGGAAUGUUUGCUGGAAGUUCUUCGUGUGUGCCAAGCUCGCCAAAACGACACCAAAGCACCGAAGGGCAGGUACCAGCAAACUAUGCAGAAAAAAAUAUCCAGCUCUCAGUAUGACUGUCUGCUGUGCUUAAAAUACACUGUUCAAAAUCCAAAGUCUGUGAUUCGUGUGACAGACGACGCUCACGGCUUGUCGAGCAUCUGUUCUUGUUUCAUGAGCACGUCUCCAAAAUCCCGAAUACUUGCUUUGCAGCUGCUGGUCCGUGUUCUGGAGAUCUCUAGUCGCGGUCACGCACUGAUUCUUGAAGCUCUCACAGCAAUUCGAGUACUUUUCGGAGAACCAGUGAGAUUUAAGUUUCUGGUGGGCCUGCUGCAAAGUAGUAUUGCUUCUCCGCCUGCCUUUCAGACUGCAGCUUUAAAAUUCCUAAAUACCUUGCUGAAAACUAGUCCGAGACCUGCCGACAGAAUACGACUUCAGUGCGAAUUAGAAGAAGCUGGACUAGAUAUCAACGCCUUAGAGACGGAGCUGAGAGCCCGCUGCGUGCCCUGCACAGACAGCGUGUGGGCGGAGAUCGAAGUAUGGAGAAAAUCUUAUUUGGACAUGGAGCACGUCACAGGAGGCAAGCACAACCUUGAAACGGAGAAUGAACGUCUGCAAAAUGAGGUUCAAUUACUCCGGCAAGCACUUAAGAAACUUGAAGAAGACAAGAUCAAUUUAAUGCAAAUAGAAAUGGAACUGAAAGAAAAGUGUGAAGACUUGAAUGAAGAAGUCACUACUCUGAAAAGUGAAAUGAAGAAACCGAAGGCUGUUGCAGAAUUGAAUCAACUCAAUCUGUUAGACAUUAAAAGCCAUUUCAUAGACGAGGACGAAGAAGCUUUCCUAUCUGGCGAUAGUGGCCAGUUAGGAACAGAAGAAAUCUUCAUUGAUGUCCCAACUAUUCGUCCACCAGUCGGGUUCCGUUCGGACAACUCCAGCUACGAAGAUAACUCGAAAUAUUCUCCAAACCUCAGCACCAAAUCCAAUUCCUCAAACAAUUCUUCCAAGAAAAACAUCUACACAACAACAAAGACCAUCACAACUUCGAGUACCUCCACUGGCUUUGGAUCGAAAACCAAUUCGGACAAAGAUUCUGCAGAUUCGGCUUUAAGUGAGUCCGAAUCCGACAGUGGACUGAACUGGAGUUACCCGGACAUACCCGAGCCACCAUCGGAAAUCCGAGUCAGUCGGGCGUCUUCGCGACUAAUCGAGGGCAACAAAACAAUCGUUCCUCUUCGCUAUCCUGUACUUGGUCCCAACAGGAAGUUGGCACAAAGAAGUCGGUCUGAAGACAGGAGGGAAACGAACGAUUCCAGGACCCGGAAGCAGUUGGAAGGAGAAACUAAAGUAGUCGAUUCGUCGAAUUUCUUCAUGGUCAGAAGGCCUCACACAGACGUGAAUUCUAGACAGUCGUCUCCUAUAAGUGACAAAAGCGGAAAGGUGUCAAGCUUCCCUGGUGGACGGCAAACUGCGAUUACACCAUCAUAUCAAUUACCUGCGGCAUACCGCAACAACUUUCUGGUAAGAGGUCACAGUACAUGCGACUUAUAUUCGGGUAACAAGAAACUAGAUGACUGCCCACAGAUUCCUCCGCCAGACUAUAGCUGUGGGGUUUCUGUAGCAGCUUCAGGUGGCACUAUUAGUGCACUGGUACACCGAGAAAUAACCAAAGCUGUCAAACAAAUUAGUGGUUGGAUAUAAUCAACGUCCGUUUUUUGACAUAAAUAACUUUUCGCCGGUCAUUAAACCACAAAUUUUAAGAAAGAACGAGUAGGAAAAACAUUAACUGAAAACUACUAAGUAGUGUCAGUGAACUGUUGUGGUUAAUGAAUGAUAAGAAAAACAAGCAUUGGGUGAAUGCUUAAAAAAACUAAAGAAUAAUUUCAAAAAGAAAGUUUGAAUUUAUGAUAAUGAUUAAGUUUGAUUCAAUUGUCGGUUUGGCUUAAGACGAGUAAAUAUUUAACAACACAGAACUUGUACUGCAAGAUAUGACAGCGAAAUGACUUUUAAGAUAAAUAAUUUAUAAUUGCAAUAUCAACUCUCAGUAUAAUUUUAACAAACCGGCAACUUUUUUCCCCCUUUAAUUCUUUUAUAAUGUUUAAGUUUCAGAAAGGACUCUCAAGUCGAAUUUGUGCAAAAUGCAUAUGAAAAUGUUUCCUGAUUGUUUAUUUUUUUAGUUUCAAACAGUUGCACUUCAAAAAAUGGCUCACGGCAUAAGAAAUUAUUCUUAUCACAGCCACUGUGCCUUUUACUUCUUUUUUUAUUAAUAAAAAUAAAAACAUUUUUCUUUUAAAAAGUGUUCACAGAUUUUCAAGAACUAAAAUAAAUUAUAUGAUUGAAAAUAUUUUAAAUUUAGCCUCGAACAUUUAAAACAAUAACUGAAAAGAGGAAUGCAUAUUUUGGUAAUUUUUCCUUAUUAUUAUUUCCACUCUUUGGAUAUUUUCUC